UUACGGGCUUCUCACACACAACACACACAACAACACAAACACACACACAACAACACAAACACACAGACACAACACAAACAAAACACAACACAAGCCCGUGAGCUUCAUAAAUAACAAUGACAAUGAUGGACUUAAUGGUGGUGGGGGGUUGUUGGAGGCUUUCUUUGUGGUGCGUGGCUCGUGAGGGAGUGGUCUGAACACUUCAAACAAAAACCAAAAAAAAACUUUUGGCGUCGCUUCCACCCACCACCACCAACCACUACCAACCAUCAUCAUCAUCACUACGCCCCCAUGGGCUUUGUUCGUUCUCGACAACGAAGACGAAGAGGAGGACGACGACGAGGAGAGAGCGACUGAGUUUGUGGCGUGAGAGCUGAAGGGAAAUCAAAUCUCUCCAUUGCUUUCUUCAUCGUUGUUUUUGUUUAAAGAGGAAGAGGAGAGAGAAGGCGGCAACGACAACUUUGUGCGGUCGUUGUGAGGGACGUGGGAAUUCGUGAAGACGUCGACUUUGAGGUGAUUUUGAGCCUUCCUCCAUACUCGUCGCCACACGCGGUGUAGGAGAGAGAAGAGAGAAGAAGAGAAGAAGAGAUGGCGGAGGGCGCGAUCAUCGAGAACAUGAGCAGCCGCAAGCUGCUGGUGGUGUGCGCCGUGGUGCUGCUGCUGCAGACGAUGGCGUUCCUCGUCGGCGGACUCAUCUCACCGAACCCGACUGCCGCCAUGCGCUACCUGGCCACAAAGUGCGUGCGUGAGCGCGACUCGGGCCCCAACUCGUGGCUGGAGCCGUGGGGGCCGGCGGCAUGCGUGAAGCUACGCGAUCUGGACGAGGCGACCGAGCGCAGGAUCGAGGCGAACCGCAUCGUCUUCAGCAUCCACAUGCCCCACCCGGGACUGGAGAUGAACGCCUGGUUCCAGUACCUGCUCGUCGUCCUCGAAUUCGACAUCCAGUACUGGAAACACAACCCUAUCGUUGACAAGGCCGAGGUGACACUGGAGGUGAAGAUGGGAUACAAGGACAGCCACGCGGACAACUGGACCGAGCUGGCUCGCUCGGUGGAGCAUCGGCGCCUCAACUGCCAAUUCAGCCACACCAUGACGUCGGAUAACGAGGGCCGCCUGUACGAGUGCGAGAUGCUGCCGCUGCUGGAGCUGGGCUCCAUCGGGCACAAGUAUUACCUCGUCAACAUGCGCCUGCCCACCAGCGAGCAGCGCAACAUCAACAUGGGCAUCGGCAAGAUCCUGGACAUCAACCUUACGGGCAUCCACCAGAACGGCGGCUUCACACAAGUGUGGUUCGCCAUGAAGACCUUCCUCACUCCGCUCGUGCUUGUCACCCUCGUCUGGUUCUGGAGGCGCCUGUCCCAGCUGGCCAGGCCGCCCGUGCUGCUCGAAAAGAUGAUCUUGGCGCUGGGCGUAUCGAUGACGAUGAUUAACCUCCCUUUGGAGUGGCUCUCCGUGGGGCUCAACUGGACGUGGAUGCUGCUGUUUGGAGACAUCCGUCAAGGCUUGUUCUACGUCGUGCUGCUUUCCUUCUGGAUCAUCUUCUGCGGGGAGCACCUCAUGGACCAGACUCAGAGAAACCGCCUUGGAGUUUACUGGAAGCAAGUGGGAGCCAUCGCCUUCGGAUCCCUGUCCCUGUUCAUCUUCGACAUGUGUGAAAGAGGCGUGCAGUUGACGAACCCAUUCUACAGCAUCUGGGCCACGGAAACCGGGAGCCACCUGGCUACGGCGUUCAUCGUGCUGGCGGGCGUGUGCGCAUGCCUCUACUUCCUCUUCCUCACCUUCAUGGUCUACCAAGUGUUCCGCAACAUCGGCGGCAAACGUUCCUUCCUGCCCGCCAUGUCUCGCGUGCGACGGCUGCAUUAUGAGGGUUUGAUCUUCCGGUUCAAGUUCCUGAUGCUGACCACCUUGGGUUGUGCUGCUCUCACGGUCAUCUUCUUCAUCAUCAGCCAGGUGAACGAGGGUCACUGGAAGUGGGGCGACCGCACGGUGCACGUGAACGCGGCGUUCUUCACGGGCGUGUACGGCAUGUGGAACAUGUACGUCUUCUCCGUCAUGUUCCUCUACGCGCCCUCGCACAAGCGCUACGGGGACACCGACCGCUCCGAAGGUGACAUCGCCCUGGCCCACGGGGAGGAGCUGACCACGGCGACGACGGCGUUGGCAGGAGGCUCGAACACGGCACCCACCGAGGUCUACCGCCUCGCCGGCAAGGAGGCGCAGGAGUGAUGCUGGCGUUGCCACGGCGACGACGACACGGCGACGGACACGGCGAUGUUACGGUGUCGUCACGGCAACGACGUGGCAACGACGACACGUUGACGACACGGUGACGACACGGAAGCGGACACUGCCCCCUGUUGCCGGCGGCACUAGUCAGGCACAAAUCUGCUUCGCUUCUGAGGUCUGACAGGAAAAAUUUGACGGGUCAUUGCAGGUGAUAUUGAAACGGGCUCAUGUGUUAUUCACCGCUUCCUAAAUUCGUAAACGCUAAAAAAACGGAUGUGAAAAUAAGCACAGUUUUUUUGGCGGGUUACAUUAUUUUAUCAUGUUUUGUCCACCAAUUUUUAAUUUGUGAACCCCCUUUUUUCGGCAUGCAUACAGAUAACUGAUUGGAGAAUAGAGGCAAAUCGGACACCUGGUUUGUCUCUUGCAGAAUUGGUAGCCUGGUCUCUGUGCAUUGGCUGACACACAAAUUUCCUGCUUCUAAUUGUUUCGUAGAAUCACUUUUCAAUUGUCUUACAAAUCAAAGUCAUUGACGUGCCGAGUGAGAGUUGCCAAUCCGAUUACGCGCCAGACAAACGAACAACGCCGGAUUACGGUCGCCUGUCUUCUGUUAACCGGACUACUAUCGCGAGUUACCUCCCCGUUCCGUGCGCGGUGCUUUGGCGACGGCGAUGGCGACGGAACGCCGCAGCAAACGACAAGGACGCUGCUCUGCACGCGCCACGCCGGUUCCAUAGAACGCAGCUUGCGGAACGCUCCAAUUUUACUCCACACUCGAACAAGACGCGGCGAGCACACGUCGAACGCCGCGCUAGUAGUAGUAGAUGCCUUCGUAACAGGCUCCGCGUUCAGACAAAAAAACGCAAAGUGAAAACGGUUCAGUAAUGUAACGAUGAAGUGUGGCGAGGUACGGUGUACGACGACUACUACUACUACCACACGCACCGCGCGGUGAGAUGGCAGGACGAAUAACUGAGGGUACGCCGCCACCGCCGCCACCGCCGCCACGUUACUGUUAAUUCCGCACACUGUAUUACUGCACCGCUCACCGCUCAGCUGACGACACGGUAGCGACGUGUAAUAACGGCGUGCGCGCGCUCCGCUUUGUAACCGACAAUUGGUCCCCGAUGGAAUUAACCGCGUCACAGCGAAAACGCGUGAUGGUGUGAACACGCGUUAAGUGAGGACUUAACGUAUGCUACAAUACUGGCGGAAUGAAAUUCUGGUCGAGUACACUGCGUAAACUAAGUGGACAAAGCCGGGUUUUUUUUUUUAAAUGCGCCACGCUCAAAAUACUCCUCUUACUCGUCACGCCUUAGUAAAACUACUAUACGCAGCAUGUUUAUGUAAUACUAACCACGUGAAGCGAAUACACCGCAGACAUGUUGCUAUGCACAGCACACUGAUAGAACACUACGAUGAUGAUGCUCAUAUACCAAGUUGGUGACCACUUGUAUAUGCCACGAAAAUAUAACACUCCUAUGAGAUCACUACAAUGCACAAUGGAACGCGACUGUACACACUGCUACGCCGUGCUCGCAGGAAUUGCUCCACACCAUCGCGCCGUUGCGCGCCACCAUCAUUUGCCGCCGUAGAAAAUAACUGAAGCAACCGCGCACACACCGCUUUGGGAACCGCUACGUAACGCGCGCGACACUGCGUACAUCGUACAAGUCGACUUUGGAUACACCUUGCUCCAACUUCACUGUGCACAACUAAAACACACAUCACGAUAAUGGAUCGCACCCCCACCACACCCGCUGAAGUUUCACGCGCUUCACGCUAUAAGAGAGCGUACUGCGCGCUCGACCCUAGCUUACCCAGUCAAGCAAACUACGAAUGCAACGAUGUAGCCCCGUCCGCGGUUCGAUCGUCACGUUUUUGGAUCUCAAACCAAUAUUUUUUAUUUUUCGCCGUCGCCUAACUUGGGCAACCUGUCGCGGUACUAAAUCUACGGACGCUAAAGUGGCGUGAACGAUAAGAUGUAUCUUGUCGUAUAUUGACACACGAAUCUAUAGGUCGGCGGUGGGAAAACGUUUUCCUUAUCAAGGGCCAAAUUGGACUUUCGGAUACCUUCGGCAGGGGCCGCCGCACGUCCUUGGCGUUAUCCGACAGUAAUGCGAGGAAUAAGCGGAGGGACCCCACCUUUACCACACCAACGUGCGAUGCCUUGCGACCGCUUUGCCUCUUGCUAGCGACGACAGUGUCGGGUCGAAAGUUCCGAAUGAGACGGGACGGAUGAAAGUCGUUUUCCGGGCCUGGUGUGCCCAGGAUUGUCCUUUUCUUUUCGAGGCGGCUAAUAUCUGCAAGUCUUCCCCCGGGAUGUUAAAAAGUCACCCGUGGUUGUUUUGUCGUUUGCGCAAAAUGAUAUGCCACUCAACGCGUUUACAAUGCAGUUUCCCCCCUCUUCCAGGAUCGUGGCAUAUUUUUAUCCCCGUGACGCGCGCCCCAGUUUUUGUACCUCUGUAGGGUGGCAGCCCCGAAGUUGUUGGUAGGCCUCGAGUGGCCGCAGACUGUGAGAAAUCAAGUCGCGGAUUGUAGGUUGGACUUCAUAGUGGCGCGAACUUGCGCAAAUCGCAAACACUUUUUCCCCUCUUACGCACACCGCGGACAACUUGAAUCGUGACGUGUUAAAGCAAACGGGGUCCACGCCUGAGCCGUCUGCCGUGCAACUUUGUUGCAUGCAACGUAAUCCCUUGCGCGUGGACAUCAUUGGGCGCCACGUUGGCGAGAUGUUCACUACCUUGCCUUGUAUACAGGAGGUGCUGGGUUCGAUCCCGACCCUGACGCCUGCUGUAUAUUUGGGAGUUUCCGUGUUCUCCCCGUGGUCGUGUGGAUUUUUCUCCGGGUCCUCCGGUUUUUCCCCGUCACAUUCAGAAACCGCCAUAAAUUUCCACACAACGAUAAGCCGUUUCGCCGAGCUAUCGUUCGCGACAGCGAGGCCUUACCUGGUAAAAUAAAAAAUAGUUCAUCGUUAUUAAAAUUAUCUCUACUUUAAAUCGAUCAGCUCAGCGAUUCAAAGCGCUGUAUUUCAUCACGCUUAGCAUGACUUUGGCAAGCAAUGUUAUCCACAAAAUGUUUUUUUCGUGUUAGAUCUUCGCAAAUAUAAAUGCGUCGUUUAAACCCGCCACGACCCGACACGGCCAAUUCGCAAACAAAACUGGUGACGAAUUGCCACGUUCUUUUUUACGUGACGGACCUUACUACUAAUUGGCUGUGUCGGGUGGUGGCGGUUUUCACGACACAUUUAUAUCUAUACGCGCGAUCUAACCCCCCAAAAAAACCUCUCGUAGUAUUUCAUCACGUUGACAUGUUUUUUGGCACAACUAUUUGCUCAGAUGCGGACAAAGCAGUCGCGGGCGACGAUUAAGUUUGCCGCGAAUUCGAAAGCCGUUUGGUCGCAGCAGCUGAUCCGCUCGGGUGUGGGGAACCCGGCUUUAAGAUUCGAUUUUAAGUUGCCAAAUCGCUACGUGUCCAUCAUCUUCGUCGUCGCUUCCACACACGGCACAACAUCGAGUUCACAUUUCACAGCGGAAGUGGGGAAUAUUUAUACUUUGGUUGGAGUGGAACAGCAGUAGUUUUUAGGUCGAUUUGUCUUCUUUUGCCUCAAGUAAGCAGGAUGCGGUUGCCUUAAUGCGCGUAAGUAGCGUUGUACGUACUCGCGGAACAUUUCUGUCUUGUACUACAUACGAUAGUUUUUUUUUAGUUUUUUUAGUGCAUCAAGGAGCAUCGUGUUGGUACAUCGGUUACUACCCCUGAGGUAGCAUUAAAUAUAUAUCAUUUUUUAUAUAACGGUAGAACAUUAGCUUUUGUAGCUCGCGUAAAUUAAUACAUUUACGUCCGUUACGAUGACAUAAAGGUAGUUUGCCGUUUCGAUUUUUUUUACACGUAGAGCAUCACGUUAGCAGCGUGCUUAGUGAGCGAAGGGGGCGAGGGUGUUCGUCGCGAACCGUAACACACAAAACAAAAACAAGCUAACUACCCUAAGUGCCUUGCGUUGUUUUCCAGAAGUGUUCCCUCCCCCCACGACCCCUCGGAUCGAAAGCCGUCACAUGGACCUCGCGUCACGUGGCGAAGCUAUGCUCCCCCCCUCUCCUCUCUCUCGCGGUGCAGUGUCACCACGGACGUGGCCCGCUCGACUCAUGUUGCAACCCAAGUAUCGUUGCGGACGGGCACGCGAUGCAAACACGCGCGCGGUCAAUCUCCGCUGCUGGAUGAUGAGGCCCCCUUACCACUUUCGUGCGGUUUAUUUGACCGCACAUUGCCGAGGCGUUUGCCCAGUGCCAUAACCUCCCCCCCCCCCCCCCCCCCCGUUGCUGUUACCCUAUGUUUGUAAUCGCCUCCGUUGCCCUCCCACCGCUAACACUGAGAUCUCUUGCCGAGGGUUGACUUGCGGGGGCGGCGGGGGGCGGGGGUUUAUUGACGCGCGAAAGCGAGGCUUUGCGACGGCUUUCCAGCGUAAACGAAAUGUAGUGACAUUAAAGUAUUUUACACAGUCUUCCUCGA